CGUUCGUCGUAAGAGCAACCGGUUCCGAAGCAGAAGAAAAGCAGACGCAGCAGACGAGACGAAGCGAACUCAAAGUUUACUGUUCUGUCGCUGCUGUAUGAUCAAUCAUAUGAUCAAUCAAAAAUGAUCAGAUCAAACCAUCCGUAUUUUGCUUUCGUAUUACUAUCCAUUUGUUCCACACUAGUAUUAGGUGAUAGGUAUGAUUUCGAAAUUGAUGGAACCAUCAUUGUAAGACUGCGGCAUUACUUGUCAGAUGAUGGCAAUCCUGAGGACCGAGGAAAUCUCACAAUUCAAAGCAUUCGAACAGGUUCAGUAGCCCUUUCUCAAGCCAUUAUCAAGCCACAUCAUUUAACAAGACUCAAGGCUCUUGCCAAAAAUGAUCAACUUUAUCGUAUGCAAGCUACAGUUGUCACCAGCUCCAACAAAGUUGUGGAGUUUCUGACGUUCAUGAAAGCUUGCGCUCUUGUAGAAUCAGGCUUCAGUGACGUUUUGACUGUGAACUUGGAUCACAGUGGAGGAGUGAUCGCCAUCAGUGCAUCAGCGCCUUACGGCAUUUGCCAAGGAGCUCCAAUCCCACCUGAUGAAAAGCUGAGAUUUUUCAAUACAACGAUUGUUGUGAGACACAUGGAUAAUGGACCAGUGCCCGACACAGCCACUUACAUUCAAAAGAUGGAGCGUGAAAGAGACGCCAGAGAAAGAGGAGACCAGAAGGACAACCGAUCCUUUAUUGCUAAAUAUUGGAUGUACAUUGUUCCCUUGUUGAUCUUUGUACUUUUAUCAAGUGCUGGACAACCAGAGGGUGCACCUGCUGCUGCCAGAUAAUAAAUUAAGGCAAACAA